AUGGAAAAUCUUGGUCGGUUUCUCCCUGAAGGGCAGUAUUAUUUUAGUUAUGUUGCACCUGAUGUGCCCAUAGGCAAAGUGAAGGUCCUUUCUGAAUACCUGUUUUGUGAUAGUAAAGAGGUGGUGCCCGCCACAGAGGGUCUGGAUUGGGAGGAUAAAGAUGCUGCAGGAACGCUGGUUGGAAACGUGGUUCAUUCGAGGAUCAUCAGUCCCCUGCGUCUGUUCGUUAAACAGUCUCCAGUGCCCAAGCCUGGCCCCCUGGCCUAUGCAGACAGCAUGGACAACUUUUGGGAUUGGCUGGCCAACAUCACAGAGGUCCAGGAGCCAUUGACAAGAACUAAACGUCGGCCAAUAGUAAAGACAGGAAAAUUUAAGAAAAUGUUUGGAUGGGGUGACUUUCAUUCCAACAUUAAAACUGUCAAACUCAACCUCCUCAUCACGGGGAAGAUUGUCGACCAUGGAAAUGGAACUUUCAGUGUUUAUUUCCGGCAUAAUUCCACAGGCUUGGGUAACGUUUCAGUGAGCUUGGUCCCUCCCUCUAAAGUGGUGGAGUUUGAAGUUUCCCCCCAGUCAACCUUGGAGACCAAGGAAUCCAAAUCUUUCAAUUGUCGUAUUGAGUAUGAAAAAACAGAUCGGGCGAAGAAGACCGCCCUGUGCAACUUUGACCCAUCCAAGAUCUGCUACCAGGAGCAGACUCAGAGCCAUGUGUCUUGGUUAUGCUCCAAGCCCUUCAAGGUCAUUUGCAUUUACAUUGCCUUUUACAGUGUUGAUUAUAAACUUGUGCAAAAGGUUUGUCCUGACUACAAUUACCAUAGUGAGACCCCAUACUUAUCUUCUGGAUGAACCUUCUCACAGUGAUAGAAAUGACGAACGU